CUCACAAUCUUCCCUGCAACACCACAGGACUCUUGGACAUUUGCAAGACAAUGCUGCGGUAGACACGUCGGGAAAGAAUGGGCGUUCAUGGCCUUCUCUCCCAGAUUGGACCCGGCCAGCGCAUCUCCAUCGCCAAACUCGCCGCCGACCACUACGCCACCCACAACCGCCCCUUACGCCUGGCCAUCGACAUCAGCAUCUGGCUGUUCCAAAUCCAGUCGGGGAAAGGAGGCUCCAACCCGGCACUGAGGACCUUCUAUUAUCGCCUCCUGCGUCUGCUUACAUUGAACAUCUGGCCGCUUUUUGUCUUCGAUGGCCCGAACAAGCCACUGUUCAAGCGCAACAAGAAAGUCGGCGGACCGGGAGUGCGUGUGGCCAAUGUGCCCGAAUUUCUGGCAAAGCAACUACUCAAGCAUUUUGGAUUCCCUUGGCAUGUCGCGCCUGGAGAAGCAGAGGCGGAGUGUGCUCUUCUGCAGCGCGAGGGCGUUGUGGACGCCGUGCUGAGUGAGGAUGUCGACACGCUCAUGUUCGGCUCGGGAGUCACUCUGCGCAACUGGACUUCCGAAAACACCACAAAAACUCCCACGCACGUCAACGUCUACCGCGCCGAGCAGACCAAGGAAACGAGCGGCAUGGAUCGAGAGGGCAUGAUCUUGGUCGCGUUGAUGAGUGGGGGUGACUAUCUACCCGAAGGAAUUCCUGGCUGUGGACCAAAACUUGCAUGUGCUGCCGCGCGUGCUGGUUACGGUCGCGACCUCUGUGCUCUCUCGCGAAGAGACGCAGCCGGCAUCCGCGCUUGGAGGGAGAGCUUACGGCAUCAAAUCCACACAAACGAGGCCAAACACUUUUCGCGCAAGACUCCGAGCCUUACAAUCCCCGACGACUUCCCGAAUCUUGAAGUACUGGGCUACUAUACCCACCCUUGUGUUUCUGCCCCAGACAAGCUCGCACGAUUGAAAGCGGAGCUACGCUGGGACCAACAGAUCGAUUUCGCAGCCUUGAGAGAUUUCACCGCGGAUGCAUUCGAUUGGCGAUGCAUCGGUGGCGCAAAGAAGUUCAUCAAAAACCUUGCCCCUGCUAUGCUGGUCCGUGAGCUUCGAUUACGAGGCGAUGCGGAUGAGCAUCUUGACCAAGAAGCACAAGCACAAGUCGAGCAAGAUUUCGUAUCGGCCAUCUUGGGCAAGCGGAACCACAACAUCAUGGAUGGUGAAUUGGAGUACAGGAUUUGCUACAUUCCAGCCAAGCUCGUCCCCAUCGAUCUGAGCAUUGAGGAGGAAGAUGAUCAAUUUGUCCCCGCGGGUGGCGUGGCAGAGGAGAGUGAUGUCGAGAGUGAAUACACGGGCCUCCCUCCAGGCACGCAAGAUGAUGGGGACUCUACAGCAGCGCCAACUUCUCCUUCUAAGAAGAGAAACUUCAAACCAUUCGACCCGGACCAGCCCGAGAAACUAUGGAUCUCGAAGCCGUUCCUCCAAGUCGGCUGCCCGCUUCUGGUAGAAGACUACGAAGCGCCCUCCAAGGAUCCUGAAAAUUUUCUGAAGGCUAGAAGAAAAGCACAAGCGGCUGCGAAGAAGGACAAAGCCCCCAGAGCGAGGAAGGGAAAGGCGGCAAAUCCUGAAGUUCGACCCGAAAACACCCUAUUGGCUUAUGCGACGGUGACAAAAGCUGUCGAUCGAAGUUCCGCAAAAGACACCAGCCUUCCCUCGUCUCAGGCGAAUGUGCCGACGAAGUCACAAUCGGUGAUUGGUCAAAAGGAUCCAAAGGAAGCCGAUGGCUCCAAGCCUUUCGGUUUCCAGUUGCCCGCAACGCAGAUUCCGCCCGAAUUGCUGCAAGACUCCAUCACUGAUUCAACGCCAGCCGUCGAAGUCCUGGACCUUGCUAUGGAUACACCUCAUCCGACUUCACGACCACAAGCCGCUCCUUCCAUGACGCUGAAUACGUUCAAAGCUUUCGCACAGCCAAAGAAAGGGUCAGGUCGUCCGGCUAAGAGCGUACAGAUGACACCCAAGCGCAGCAAGAAACGACCAUCCCCCGAAUUUUCCUCUCCAGCGAGCCAAAAGACCAUCACCAGUUACUACUCGCCGUCGCCGCGAAAGACACAAAGUCGGAUUGCUGGAGGACGGCCAGACGAUAUUGUAGAUCUCACUCUGUCCUCCCCGAUAUCGCAGCCCCUCGCCCUGAGACCCAGCACUCCAACACCCAUCAACGCACGAUUCCAAUUCAUGCGAGAAGAGCGUACGAGAUCUUCUGUAUACUCGCCUGAACAAUUACCGGAUACCGUCACGAAGCGUCGGAGGAGAGAGCCGCUCAAGCGAUGGCAGACGGAACCCGCGCUCGGUCUGGACGAUGGUACGAGCGAUGUUGCACGACCCUUUUCUAGGCCUCGGUCAAGCGACCAGACUUCACGGCCGCCUCUCGCAGAUAUGCCGGCAAACAUUGAAGAGCCCGUGUUUCAUGGCUUAUCUGCUUGCAUCACACCGAUGCGACCGGCAGCCUCCCCUGCUGAGCACGUUGAAGAUUGGCUACAAGACACCGCGGCAUGCGUGCCGACAGCCAUCAAACCCCACCAUCGCUCUCCGGCGCACCUCGCUCCACCACCCCGUCGCUCACCACGACAGCAUUCUCAAUCGAACGUCGUAGUGAAGAAGCGCAUCCAAGUGCGUGAGAGCCUUGAAGGCUGGUGGAAAGAGAUCGACGUCGCCGAGACGGUCGAUCUUUCUGGCGACGGAAGUGGAUGGAAAAGGAGUGGAGGGCGAGCGAGGAUUGUUGGAGACGACGCCAAAGAAGGGCUUGGGGCGAGGAACGGCAAGGGGUGGAGGAAGUCUGGAGUCGAGGUGUUGGACUUGACUGGUGCAUGAGUAAUAUCUCUCAAGCGACGAUGAUUAUGAAGUAACGAGCUCUCUACCAUUCGUAUCGAUCUCUUGAACAGCGCGC